AUGGCGCUCAAAACUCACCCAGCCCAAGCUGACACUGUGAGGGAUCCCUUGAUGGCUCUCAACCUCCUCAGUAAUCACCCCAAGAAAAGACUCCAAGACACGCAAGCACCACAGCAGCCUGCAUAUCUAGGCAUACACAAACUGCAGCGGCACUCCCAGGACACGAGCGCAAGGCCUAAUCCGGUUGAGCACAACUCACCAACACUCCUGAAGCCUGCGCCAAUGACCUGCACCUGGAGGACACCCAGUGACAUCAUCCCCAUGCCCCAACUCCACUAUGAGGCAGGACAUUACAUGGCAAGACAGGUACUGUGCCCAUACUCACCCAACAACCAGGAGACACGAUGA